AUGACACGCACUCACGUUCAUAAAGAGCAGGUUGUGCUCCAAACCAUCGCACCAUCGUGCUCGGAUCCAGUGAUGGAUCUGGGACGAUUCAGCAAUGUCAAUAACCUCCAUCGUGUAACAGCGUGGAUAAUUCGAUUCACCAAGAACUCCAGAGGAAUAGGUCGGAUCAACGGUCCCUUAAGCGCUAGUGAGAUUCAACAGGCCGAACGCUACUGGGUAAGGCAAGAACAAGAAUCUGCAUUCGCGGACGAAAUCAGCGCACUCGGAAGCAACAAUGCACUUAAGCGAACAUCGAAGUUGAAAGAUCUAAGGCCAUUUAUUGACGACGACGGCAUCCUCAGGCUUGGAGGACGAAUGGGUGGUAGUCGUCAAACAUUUUCGGAAUGUCAUCCAAUCAUACUGCCAACUCACUCGCAUUAUGCUCGCCUUUUAAUUUUACAGUCCCAUCGACAAGUUUUCCACUGCGGAGUGCGUGACACUUUAGUGCAGCUACGCGAAAGGUUCUGGAUACUCCGAGCACGCCAACAAGUCAAGCGAAUACUACGAGGUUGCGUGACAUGCAGAAGAAACGACGCAAGGCAUCUGACACAACCUGAUGGCCAACUUCCACCUGACAGAGUGACGAUGAGUCAUCCCUUCGAGGUCACCGGCAUCGAUUUUGCGGGACCAGUAAUGUUGAAGCGAAGGAGGAACUACCACAAGGGCUACAUUGUCCUCUUCACUUGUGCCGUCACAAGGGCUGUGCACCUAGAGCUGUGCGAGGACAUGUCGGCGAUCAAGUUCUUGCAAGCCUUCCGAAGAUUUACAGCUCGUAGGGGAAUCUGCCAAACCAUCUACUCGGACAAUGCCUUGACGUUCAAAAAGGUCGCAAGAGAAAUUCGGGACAUACAGAGGAUCUUAACGGACCCACUGGUGCAGGACUAUUCUUCACGUAACGGAAUCCGCUGGAAAUUCAUACCGGAGCGCGCACCAUGGUGGGGUGGCUUUUAUGAAAGACUGAUAAGAUCCGUAAAAUCAGCAUUGAGGAAAACCCUGUCCAGGAACGUCGUAGACUUCAUCGAAAUGCAAACUCUGCUGGCUGAGGUGGAGGCGAUGAUGAACUCAAGACCUAUAACCUUUGUUUACAACGAAAACUCCGAGCCGACACCACUCACUCCAGCAACCAUGAUAAUGGGAAGACGUCUACUCGCACCACCAUCGACGGAAUCCACCACAUCGCGGAACACAAUCCAUGACUCAUCGUCCACGAAGAUAAGGGAGACAUGGAAAAGACAGCUGCACUACCUCAAUGCAGUAUGGAAUAGGUGGCAGCAAGAAUACCUCUCGGAACUACGUUCUGCAUACCACUCCAAAGGGACAAACGACUGCGACGUUCGAACCGGAGAUUUAGUUCUCGUCAAAGAGCCCAACUGUCCCAGGCUUCAAUGGAAAAUGGCCCUCGUUGAUAAAGUUUUCACAGGUUCAGAUGGACGAGUUAGGGUAUGUCUGAUUAGGACUCCUGGUAGAACGAUACUCAGGAGACCCGUCCAGCACCUCUACAAGCUCGAGUCACAAGAAAAAUAG